UUCAAUGAAUAACAAUCAACCAUUUUCAUUUUACUCUCAAUUAUAAUUAACCCAAAGUUCAAUCGUAAAUGUGAUGAAUUAUCUCUCCCACCAUAAUGAACACGAUUAUUUACCCGAUUCAGCUUCGUUCCCCUCACCUCACCUUCAUCUCCAUCGCACCGACAUUAGCACCAAAUGAAACAUUCUCACUCUCAUCAGUGUUUUUUACCUCAAUCGACUCUCUCAGUUUCUUUUUCCCAUUUUCUUUUUCUUCAUCUUCCUUUGUCUCUUCCUCUCCCGCUUUUUGUCCAAUGAAUUUUUCCUCCUCUGUAAUCCACUGAUUCGCACCGGUGUCAAGCCUUACCUUUCAUCUUGAUAAACUUGAGAUCUCCGUUCAACCCCAACAAAGGCGAGUCCAAACGCUCCGAUCCUGAACAAUCGGUAACAAGAAGCCGAACUCCCCACCCCCUUGACGAGCGGCAGAUGCUCCAGAAGCAACUGUGAGGUGUCUCCCUGGAAUCGCUUCGGUAACGGAGAGUCACUAGUUCUGUUUAUAUUCAGACUAUCGGUGCGCCGCGUAGUGAUUCAAAUACUCUCUCUCUUUCUCUUUCUUCACUCACUCAUCUCUCCCUCCUUCUCACUCUCUCUCUCUCUCUCUACAUCUGUCUGUCUCUCUGUCUGUUACGCAUUCUGUUUUUGUUGUUUUUGUCAUCAUUCACUUUUUUGCUUUCAAGAAAAACCAAUUAUUCAUCGAUUUGGUUCAUUAAUUAACCAUGUCUUCAAUCGUCCACCGUAGUCGAAACAUUCGCAGUGGUAGAUCUGUCAGAGCCAGAAAAGAAGUGCUGGACAAAGAUGUUUCCCUUGAUUGGUCCAAAGGGCCAAGAGAAAAUUUAAAAACAAUAUUAUCUUCUAUCUGUUUGAAAACCGGCAUCACCAAUGGCCAAAGGCUUAGUUAUCUUAAUUUUUUUACCAAAUUUUGUAGCAAAGUUAAUGUCAUCAACUCAGAGACUGUCGGAUUUUCAGUUGAAGAGAUAUUAUGUUGCCUUAGAGUUACAUUGUUCAUGGAAUCAGCGGAAGUGAGAGCCGCCGGAUUAAGAGCCAUGAGGUAUCUUUUAACUAACCAAGAAUCGGUUGACGCUUUGUACAAAAUUAAUUUACAUCUUCUCAUAACCCGAUCAUUGGACAUUGAAUUAAAUAAUCUACCAGAAAGGAUACAAUGCCUUCGAUUGAUUCGUAAAUUGUUAGCCGUUAAACCUGAAUCAUUACCAGCGGCAAUUGUUAGAAGUGUUAUCGCCAUUGCUCGGGACAGUUUCAUUGGACCGGAAAAAGAUCCGAUGGGUCGAGCGUGUAUGGGAUGUUUAGCUGAAAUGACACUUUUAAAUCCAUCGGUUUGCUGUCAAUCAGGUGGAAUAACUGCUCUAAUUGAUUGUAUUCUAAUGACCAAUCAAUCUCUUCAUAUUAGUGAAGCUUUAAUCAGCUGUUUACUUUUUCUCCUCAAUGAUCCAAAUUUAAGAUGUUACCUUCGUAAAGAUAUUGAUCUUAGACAAUUUGUCGCUCCGUUUACCGAUUGUCAUUACUCAUUACCCUUAUUGGCUUUAAAUACUCAACGUCGAGAUGAUAUUAGUGAAACAAGUGAACAACGUGAGACCCGAUUAACCGCUGCCAAAACGGCUCUUCUCUCAAUCUUACGAUCUUGGCCUGGAAUGGUUUAUAUUUGUAAACUUAAAGAAAAUUCCGAGAAAUCAUCAUUUAACAGUUUAUGCUCAUUAAUCGAGAUGCUUCAUCUUCCCUAUCGAGAUAUUCGUAAACACAUAAUUGAAUUGGUCUUUGAACUAUUUUAUCUAACCAUUCCUACCUGGACAACUGAUUUUACCGCAGCUCUUGACUCUUGUAAUCCAUCAAUCAUUCAAGACAAUUGGCAUCUUUAUGAUGGUUUCAUUGCCGCUGAAGGACGUUACCUUUUACCCCAUAUUUCAAAACAACGAGCCAAUCUAGUGGACAAUUACCUUUCCCUACUUUUAUAUACCUUUCUUACAAAUGGUCUUCUGGAUGGUCUAGUCGAUGUGAUCAUUGUCCCAAGUGAUACAGAAAAUUCAGUUCGAGCAAUCAUAUUAGUCGGUGAAUUACUCCAUCUAUCCAGUCAUCUAUUACCCCCUGAAUUGGCUCAGAGACAUUACACUUUACCCAAAUUAGUUGAAGCCGCUCUUUCCACAAGUAAUACUCCAGAGCAACGGGACAUUGCAAGUACCGCUAUUACCUGCCUUAAUCGUAUGCAUGCAGCAAAGAAAAGUCGUAACAUACCUCACAGCCUCUAUCUCAAUCAAUUAAUUUACUUUUGCAAACUAUCAUCAACUUCAUCAUCAUCAUUUUCAUCGUCAACAAUAUCAUCAUCAUUUUCAUCAUCAUUACCACCAGCAUCGUCAUUAUCCUCGCCAACAAGUAAUACAACCUUAUCAUCAUUACCAUACUCUUCAUCAUCAUUACCAUAUUCAUCAUCAUCAAAUUAUUUUCAUCAAUUUAAUAAUAUCUCUACCUCAGUAAAUGCAACAACAACAACACCACCACCGUCACUACCAACUAUAACCUCUCAUAAUAAAAACUCUCACUCCAAGUCAAGUAAAUCUCAUCAAUCGAAUCAAAGUUUAUCCUUUAAAAGUAAAUAUCGUUCAUCAUCAUUCUAUUCGUUAUCUUCUAGUUCUAGUAAUCGUAAAGAGAACGACGAGGCAACUCUGAUGAGUUACAUUCGAGAUAGUCAAGUUCUAAAAAGUGAUCCCAAUAAAUGGGACUGGAAUUUGAUUGGAUGUAUUUUAAAGUCACCAUGUGAAUCAAUGCGAAAACUGGAUGAUAGUAAUUAUCGUAAUUUUGUGAGAAAAUUGUUAACCUACUUUAAACCAAGUAGCUUUUGUUUUUCUAAAUUAAGAGCUGACGAUGAAGAGGGUUACGAGAUAUCAUCGGUUGGAACCAAUUUGAUUGAUUUUCUUCUUGAUUGUGAUGAAUCUCGAGCUGCAGAAUUUAUCAAUGAACUGUUGCUCGAUAUUUCUGAAUCAAUUUCCCAGGUUACUAAAGAGAUGAAUACUACACCUGAUACGGUGUUAAAUUGUACCAAUAUUUUACGAACUUGGUCUCAUGCCUAUUUCUUUUUCAUUGGUCGUUUUACCGUCACUGCCAAAGGAUCAAAAAUUUUAGAUAAACUUGGAAUCUAUUCACAAUUAAAUGAUCUAAUCACUUGUUCCAAUAAUGAUUGUUAUAUGAAAUUAAUUGUUUCCAGUCUUAAUUAUUGCCAUUCAUCGGUGGAUAAUAAUUCAACCCGUUCACUUUUCAUCAAAAUUUUAACUUGUAAGAUGGAAUCGGCUCGUUUAUAUGCAACCAAUUUCAUGAGAGUCCUUUUAAGAGCGGGUUUCAUUGAUUUCCGGAAAUGGGCUCUCGAACUGUUAACUCAACAAUUGUCCGAUGAAAGUCAAGCCGUGGUUUUGGCUGCAAUUGAUAUACUUGACGAAUGCUGUGAUUCAACUGAUAACCUUGAAGCUCUCAUCAAUUUACAGCCCAAUUUACUUCGCGUCGGUGAUCGUGGACUUUUACUUCUAAUCCGUUAUCUUUCCAUUCCCUCUGGAUAUAAAUUUCUUCAUGAUACCAAUUUUCUUAACUAUGAGAUUGACCGAUGGAGAAAAUAUUUUAACCUUAAAUAUGUUCGAAUUGUUGAAGAUUCUCUAAAUGAAGCUCUUUCAUACCACCAGCGAAAUGAACAUGGUUCAUAUGGUCGUCGAAGUGAUAAAAAACUUAACUAUAAGAAAAGUGUUUACCUUCCUGCUCACCUUUACGGUGAAUUGGUUAAACAGGAUGAAGGUUAUAAUUUAAUUGUUCAAGAAAAUUUUCUCCAACCUUUAUUUCAAACGAUUCGUGAGGCCAACAUAUCCACCGAACUUAGUGUACUUCAAUUGAAAGCAGCUCUUUGGGCCAUCGGAACGGUUGGUUCAUCGCCGGCGGGAUUCCAGUUGCUCCUUGAAUCAGAUAUCAUUGAGAACAUUAUUAAGCUAACCUGCGAUUCACCAAUUCUAUCAAUUCGUGGAACGGGUUAUUAUGUUCUUGGCCUUUUUUCAACCACCGAUGCUGGAGCCAAUUGCUUGAAAUCUUAUGGUUGGUCAUCUUUUGUUUCUUAUUCCAUGGAAAGUGUUCGUUACAUGGGAAUCUGUUUACCUAUGGAUUUAAAAUUAAUUUUUCUCAAAAAAGACGAUUCUGAUCAAUCUGCCGAUGAAGAGGAUGAUACGGAGCCCGAUAAACCUUUGUCCAAUUUAAGUCAAUAUCAACAUGUCCGAUAUAAUGAUAAAUAUCAUUCACGUGUUAAACAUAAACAACCGCCAUCAAAUAAUUGCCGCAGGGGAAAUUUAGAUGAGGCUGGAUUUGAAUUUCACAAUUCAACAAGUUGUUUACUUUGUUCACACAAUCAAUUUCUUAAUCAAAGAGUUAAAAUUACCUCUCAUUCUGUUAAAGAAUCUGUUAUCAAUGAAAAUGAUGAUGAUCUGAAUGAUGAAAAGUUUGAUGAUAAACAACAACAAACCACUUUACAGGAACCAUAUUUCCCAAGUUAUGCAUCAUCAAGCCCAGAAACAAAAAACAAAAGUUUACCACAAAAUUCAAAGGUCAAUACAAUUGUCGAAAUGAGGAGAGAGGUGAUUAGAUCUGUAUCCUAUUUAUUAGGAUGGUUUGAGGUAAUCAAACUUGCGGAACAAAAUUUACUAAGUUUGAAGCAAAAACAUCCAACAGCUUUUCAAGAUAUUUGUCUUUACUCAGAGAUUAGUAUUCAAUUGGCAUCAUACAACUUUCGUUUACCUGCUCGUCGUUUCCUUCAAGAAUUAUUCAUGGAUCUCAAUUUUGAUCAGCUUUAUCCCGAUGUAGAAGCGAUUUAUGAGAAAAAUAAACCUUCGUUGAAACAAUGUUACGAUUAUACAUCCUGAGAUUAUGAUGAUUUACAAUUAAGGAGGAGAAUAAUUUAAUCAACAUUUUAUAUAUAUUCCAAUUAACGAAACAAAGUCACAAUUAAAAAAAAAAGAAAAGGAAACCUAAUCAAUCAAGAGGCAAUAUGUACAUUUACCAGAGGAAUUAAAUAUGAUUUUAUCAACAAAGAGGAUGAAAUGGAAAUGGAAGUGAACAGAAAUCAUUUUACUCAAUCUAAUUACAAUUAGAUAAAUUACUGUUAUUGAUUAUCAACAAUUCUUCUGGUUGAUUGGCAGUUUGGAAAGAAUCGUAAAUUGUUAAAACAAAUCAAGAGGAUCUAAAAUUAUUUACGCACAUCCAAUUAAGAUACAAACCAUUGGUGAUCACUAAUUAAAUUACCGCUGAUUAAUAUCAACAAUUAAGGAGAAAGAUACAAUGAAAUUGUUGCAUCCAAUUUAAUUGAAUUAAAAUUUACAAAUCAACACUAUUAAUGUACAAAAGGAAAACAACAAUUUAAUUAGAGACAAAAUCAAUCAGAGUGAUAAUAUAAGUAAAUAUUAUUAUUACAUACAACUAAUUAUGUAAAUUGUAAUCAUCGGAAAAUAAUACACAAUUUGUCGUAUUAAUUAAUUAUGUAAAUUGAUUGUAAUAGAUUAUUUUGUUAACUUAUACGAUUGAAAGAAAUGAUUAAAAUGAUAAAUUACAAAUUCUAA